AUGAAGUCUCCCGAAUUGAUCUACGGGUUCAAUAAGCUCAGUAUCAGGGGGGAGGAUCCUGACGCGGAGGAGGAGGAGGAGGAGGAUGAAGAGGAAGACGAGGAAGAAGAGGAGGAGGAGGAAGAGGAAGAGGAGGAGGACAAGGAUGACAAUGGAAAGGAUGACUGUGACCGAUAUCUGGAGGAGGAGGAAUACGAGAAGAGAAGGACCAAGAAGUUCCUCAAUUCGCGGGGGCAUGAAGAAUUCUACUUUGUGGACCGGGAUGUCAGUAGUGAUGAGGAUCAGGAUUAUCCUGAUAGUGAUGAGGAUGAUAGUGAUAGUGAUGAGGGUUGGGAAUAUCCUUGA